GUUUGUUCCAAGCCCGUGGGCACCACCUGCUGGACAGCUUGUGCCCACGCCGCAUGCUGUGCCACGCGGUUUUGCUUGGGCUCCGCUUUGGAACCCUCCUUCAGGACAGCAGUCUCCGGGAGCAUCACGGGCCUACGUCUCACCCACGUGCCACUGGCGCAAUGUGGAGGAACAAAGAACGGCUCCUGCCGAUGCAAUGAUGAUGCGAUGCCAGUCACCACCUGCCAUGCGGCUAGCGUCGCAGAGGGCUGUGUCUCCCACUGCACCACCGACUGUGGUUCGGCAGCAGAUUUACCCACCACUGCUGUCCAGUGCUGAUGCAGCCAAGUUUAAAGGAUGCACCCGCCACACCCUUCACACCCUUCCAUCUUCCAAGUCGAUGCAACGACUACACACACAGCCCAGCCAAUCAACAUCUUGGGCGUUUACCAGCCCAUCUACCACCACUGCCACGGCCACUGCCACGGCCCUUUCCGUGGGCUCGGCUCCGGGAAAAUCCGACUUGUCGGAUGAGGAGCUCCGACUCCUGGCCUCGGAGGUGCUCCGCGACUUCGUUGCAAAGUCCUUGCUGAGGAAGCUGAGCAGGGAAGAGCUGGAUGCUCUGCUCAAGGCGCACUUGGGUGACCAGCAUGCACAGCGGAUCAUGGCACAGAGGGCGCACCUCCGUGCCAGCACGGAAAAAGUGAUUUCCAGCUCCACGAGCCUUGGCCAACUGCGCUCCAGUGAAGCGCGGCUCGAGGACGCACAGCAGAAGUUGGCUUUGGCAAAGGCCGAGGCCCUCGACUCUGCACUGCUCGGUCGGAUCCGGGAGAGAGCGGAGGUCGAGGAGGAGAGAGGCGGCGAGCUUGAAGCGACGGAGGCCGAGGCCGAGGCCGAGGCCGAGGCCGAGACGGCGGAAGAAGGCCCGAGCAUGGGCCUCCCGUGGGAGCCGAGGAGUCUUCCGAAGGAUUCCCGCCGGCCCACGGCUCCGAUCUCCAAGAAGUCGCAGGAUGCCUCUGCUCUCGAAGGUGUCAGUCUGGAAGAGCAUUCUGUCGUGUGCCAUGAAAGGUCGAGAUCGAGAUUCGUCGCCGUGAACGAGGAUUUGAGUUACAUAUUUGGCGAGGUCUCAAGUCCCCCCAAUGCAGCAUCGCCACCUCCACCAGAAGCACAUCGCGCCAGACAUGUAUCUCCACCGAGACCUGCGCGCAUAAAGUCUGCGCAUCUUGGCUGCACCCCCCCUCUCCCGGAUCAUAUGGUUCACAGAGCUACUAUUCUUCAGCUCAUUGAUCGUAUCAUUGCAGCCUUCAGCGAGCCAAGGCAAUCAUUGCAUGACGGCUCCAGCACGUAUGCUGCCAACUUGAAGAAUCGAGUUGCUCGGCCAGGAUGA